AUGCCCACACGGAGCAGGUCCGCCGCGGCCGCCACCGCCGCCAAAAAGCAGGCCCAGGCCCAGCAGCCCGCGACGCCGCCCCUCGCCGGCUGCGUCGUCAGCUUCUGCGGCAAGUUCACGCCCUGGGGUCACACGCAGACGUCGUUCGAGGCCCUGGUGCGCACCCUUGGCGGCCGGGCCAUGAAGACGGUGAGCAAGGAUGCUACGCAUCUCGUGUGCACGCAGCUCGAUUACAGGCAGGGAAACGACGGCAAGGUCAAGGCCGCCAAAGACGCCAGCGUUAAAAUCGUCCAGCCCGAGUGGCUGCUCGAGUCUGAGAAGCAGGGGAAGCCCGUCUCGGACGACGAUUAUCUCUGGGCGAACGCAAACUUUAACGUUCCGGCGCCGACGAAGAAGGGGUCCGCGCUGCCGGCGACGAAUGGUACCAGCAGCAGCGGUAGCAAAAGAGCAAAUGCUGCAGCCGAUGACGAGGAUGAGGAUGCGCACGACGUCGACGCAAAGCCCCAGGCCAAGAAGCAAAAGGCCAAUGGCACGACAAAGGCCAAGGCCGCCGCCGCUGUCACGGACGAAGAUGCCGUCAAGGAAGAAAAGGUCGUGGCGGAGGGUCAGUUCAUGAAGAAAAAGGGCCUCACGAUCCCGUUGGACGAGUACUGCCAGCUCGCCAACUACCAAGUCUACGUAGAUCCCGACUCGGGCAUGAUCUACGACGCCUCCCUGAACCAGUCGAGCUCGACCAACAACCACAACAAAUUUUACCGUCUGCAGAUCCUGCGGGAAACCACCAGCGGCUCUUUCAAGACGUGGACUCGAUGGGGCCGUGUCGGCGAGGCCGGCCAAAACGCCGUCCUCGGCAACGGUACCUUCCAGGAUGCGCUCAAGAAUUUUGAGAAAAAGUUCAAGGACAAGUCUGGGCUGCCCUGGGAUAAGCGCGGCGACAACCCCAAGCCGGGCAAGUACGCCUUUGUCGAGCGCAGCUACAACGACGACGACUCGGACGAGGAGAUGGACGACGCUGACGACAAACCGGGCGUUAAGACAGAGGACGGUGAAGAGGCGUCUACGCCGGACUGCACGCUCCCCAAGCCCGUCCAGGACCUCAUGGAGAUCAUAUUCAAUCAAGCGUACUUCCGGGACACCAUGGCAUCGCUCAACUACGACGCCAACAAGCUGCCGCUGGGCAAGCUCAGCAAGGCUACCAUCCUGCGCGGCUUCCAGCAGCUCAAGGAUCUGGCCGCCCUCAUCGACGAUCCAACGCUGGCGAAGAGCAAGUGGGACAUGACGAUGGCCGCCGCCACGGAGCACCUGUCCAACACGUACUACUCGCUCAUCCCGCACGCCUUUGGGCGCAACCGGCCCCCCAUCAUCAACAGUGACCCGCAGCUCAAGAAGGAGAUAGAACUCCUCGAGAGCUUGUCGGACAUGAAGGACGCCGCCGAUCUGCUCAAGAUGGACCGCAGCAGCCGGAGCGCCCAGGAGGUGCACGCGCUGGACCGCCAGUUCCAGAGCCUCGGCAUGGAGGAGAUGACGCCACUCGCGCACGACGGCGCCGAGUUCGGCCAGCUGCGCGACUACCUCAACGGGUCCAAGGGCUCGACGCACAGCUACAGCUACAAGGUGCAGAACAUUUUCCGCAUCGAGCGUCGCGGCGAGGACCUGCGCCUCCGCGAGUCCAAGUUCGCCAACAUCCCCUCGGACCGGCGCCUGUUGUGGCACGGCUCGCGCGUGACCAACUUUGGCGGCAUCCUCAGCCAGGGCCUGCGCAUCGCGCCCCCCGAGGCGCCCGUCUCAGGGUACAUGUUCGGCAAGGGCAUCUACCUCGCCGACAUGUCGUCCAAGUCGGCCGGGUACUGCUGCUCCGGCAACUCCAACGGCCACGCCCUGCUGCUGCUCUGCGAGGCCGAGCUGGGAGACCCCCUCCAGAGGCUCACGCACUCGAGCUACCACGCGGGUGAGGACGCGGCCAAGAACGGCAUGUGGAGCACCCUCGGCCAGGGGAGCAUGGGACCGAGCAAGUGGCAGGACGCGGGCGUGGUGCACGAGAGCCUCAAGGGCAUCCGCAUGCCCGACCCCGGCGUCAAGACCGGCGACACCAAUGUCCCCAACACGACGCUCUUCUACAACGAGUACAUUUGCUACGACGUCGCGCAGGUCAAGCUUCGGUACCUGUUCCACGUGAAACUCUGA